AUGGCGGCGCGGGGCGCGGGCCUGUGCCUGGCGCUGCUCUUGCUGUCGGCGGCGCCGCUGCCCCGCGGAGCCCGCGGGUCGGAGCCCCUCGGGCCGGCGGAGCCGUCGGGCGGCGCGGGCCCCGGGGAGCGGUUUAAGAUCGAGGGCCGGGCCGUGGUGCCCGGGGUGAAGGCGCAGGACUGGAUCGCGGGGGCCCGAGUGCUGGUGGACGGGGAGGAGCACGUCGGCUUCCUGAAGACAGAUGGAAGUUUUGUGGUUCAUGAUGUACCUUCAGGAUCUUACGUAGUGGAAGUUAUAUCCCCUGCUCAUAAAUUUGAGCCUGUUCGAGUUGACAUAACUUCAAAGGGCAAAAUGAGAGCAAGAUAUGUGAAUUACAUCAAACCCUCUGAAGUUGUCAGGCUGCCAUACCCACUCCAGAUGAAAUCUUCUGGACCACCUUCAUACUUUAUAAAGAGAGAAUCUUGGGGAUGGACAGAUUUCCUCAUGAACCCUAUGGUGAUGAUGAUGGUUCUUCCAUUACUGAUAUUUGUGCUUUUGCCUAAAGUUGUCAACACCAGUGAUCCUGAUAUGAGGCGGGAAAUGGAGCAGUCAAUGAACAUGCUGAAUUCCAACCACGAGCUGCCAGAUGUGUCUGAAUUCAUGACAAGACUUUUCUCUUCAAAAUCUUCCAGCAAGUCUGGUGGUAGCAGCAGUAAAGCAGGGAAAAGUAGUUCUGGGAAAAGGAGGUAGUUAAGUCUUCCUCCUAAGUCUGAGUUUGCACAGCUAUUUGUUAUCAUAUUGGUGUCAUGUUUAUUUGUCUUGAAAGAUCAAAAAGCCACUGCUGUAAACUUUAACCUGGCACAACAUGCAUUAUGCUACAAGAGUGGUUUGUAGCUAUUUUUUAGAUUGCAUAAGCUGUUUUGUACUUGACAGUAAGCAAAGAUGACAUGGCUUCAAUACUGUAUCUGUAUAAAGUUAUUGAUUAUACUAAAUUAACUAUAUUGUUCUGUAGAGAAUUCAAAUAAAUUAUACAAUGUGCUUCACAGUAAUAAAUGUCUUAAGACAAUAUAUAAAAAAUUUCAAAGAUAAUAGAAGUGGAGUACCAUUUUAAGAUAUCUUUAAUGUUUUACACUUGUUGAGUUCUGAAAUGAAAAAAUCGUUAAUUCAAAAUGGAGUUGUGAGUUUACUGAGUAAGUAAUUUGCUGUAUUAGCUUGUCACAUGUUACACAUAAAAUCAUUUCAUUUUGUGCUGUUUGCUGCCUGUACAGUUUACAGAAUCACAGAGUGGGUAAGGUUGGAAGGGGCCAUAGUGGGUUCUCUGGUCUGAUCUCCGAGUCAGGGUCAUCCUAGAGCACAUGGCACAAUAUUGCAUCCAGAUGUUUCUUGGAUAUCUUCAGUGAGGGAGACUCCACAACCUCUGUGGGCAUUCUUUAGUUUAAAGAUUUUCCACUAUGUAUUGCCCAUUUUUACUCUGAUCUACUUUUUACUAAAAUCUCUUUGGGAGGAAAGAAGGCAAAGUAUCUUGCAUGAGGAAUUCAUUUAAGCUGUCAAGAUCUUGAAUCUUUCUUUUCUAAAUUACAUGUAUCACUUCUGCAACACUGAGGCUUCUUACUGUUUCUAUGUGUGCUGUGCUUUCAACUUACCAGUGGAAGGAUUUGAGGCCAAAUACAGAAUUUUAAAUGCAGUUCAAAUUAACUAAUUUUAAAAUUAAAGAAAAGAACUUAAGGUGUAGUAGGAAGCUAAAUUCUGCUCAUCUUACAAAUUACAUUCCAAAGUAUAUGGCUCUUGAGGAAUGCUAAGUCACUGGCAGAACUUUGUUCUUCAAGCAUGCCUGUAUAUUUCUUAUGCAGUUUGUUUUCAAGCUACCCAGAGAAAAGUUGAAAAAACUGAUUGUUUUUUACUAGUUGAACAUUUGCAUGUUAAAAUGACAGCAAUACUUGCCAAACCCUAUUAGUAACAGUCCUUUUUUUUUUUUCGUCAUAAACGCUGUUCUUCUUUACAGUUGGUAACUUCUUAGGUAACAGGGUCAGUGCAGCAGAGGUAACGUAUAUCUGCUUCCAAAAAUGGUAUUUGACGUCCACUUACAAUACAACUGAAGCAAAAUCAAUCAUAGUGCAUGUAUUUGUUCUGCCUUUCACAGAAGAGGACUAUAAAUUUUCUUAAAAUACAUAUUUAGAAGUUAUGCUGGGAAACAUAAAAGUUGCAAAAGACUAAAUACUCAAUAAGAUUAAGUCAGUUUUGAGGUGUUGGAGAAGAAAUAACCCAGUGUUUUCUGUGGACAAUGAAAGAUUUCACUCUGCAAAGUAAACUGCACAUUUUUGCUCUC